UGCAGACAGAUUUCUUUUCUAGCUAUAAGCUCAGAACAAGUGAACUUCUACAAAGCACUCAGAAUCUCAGCAGACCAUUCACCAGACAACAACCCAGCUGGCUUCUUAAUCUUCACUAUAUACAGGAUGCAAACAUUGCUGGGAAAAUUAAAUCCAAGCCAGGUUUAAAAACCACUAAGGCGACUCGUUCUUUUGGGACAGGAGGCUUUAUUAAAAAGAUUGGUUAAAAAGACACUGUAUUAUCCAGAUAACCCAGCAGAGUAAUUGCGUUUUCAUUAAAAACAAGAAAAGUUUUCUUCAGACAUGCCAUUGGAGUUUAUUAUAACAGAUCCAGGAGUCCACAGUUGUUUUGGAAAACAGCUCAGACGAAUGAGCAUGUGUUCGGAAAGAAACAUGAAAAUCGAAGAAGAAAUAGUACGGAGGGAGACACUUUUAUCAGGACUGAGACAUCAAUGACAAAGAGGGCAGUUGGUGACAAACGAUUUUAAGUUGUACUAAAUAAAGCCAACAAAACAAGGGUUCAAUAAUCUCUCUGAAACUAAUGAUGCACAACUUGUUACUCUUCAAGAACCUAAUUCUGAGAAGCAUUAAACAGUCUCAAUAGAAAACAUUUGUGGAUUCUUCAGAAUAAAGACUUCUUCACACUUAACAUUGUGUGUGAGGAGAAGAUGCUUCUUUGUAGCUGAUGUCUGCAUUUCUGGAAUCAUGGUGGUUUGGCAUUGAUAUGAUCAAAAUGUGACCUUAAUUUGUCUUGUGUGAGAUAUAUAUUGGUCAUUCAUACAUACAAAGCUUGCAAGAAACAUCUCAGCUUUAUUCUGAUCUACUCAAAUAGGCAAAGUAGGAACUUAUCAGAACUAACUCAAGAGAUGACUGAAGCCUAUUUCAAAUACCGUGGAAACCGAACUGUUUACAGCCAGCAAUUCCCAACAGUCGCUACAGAAGCCACAGCCACGACUACAGACAAAUAUUCCAAUCUGUAUAUGUACGUAGGGUUAUUCUUAGGGCUCCUUGCAGUUCUUCUAGUUCUUCUGUUUACAAUGCUCCUAAGACUUAAACAUGUCAUUUCUCCGAUUACCCCCAAUACUGAGAGCACUGACACCAUGCCACAGUUUACUGAUGUUGAAAUGCAAGGCAGGUCUCCUACCCCAUAAUAAAAUAUCACAGAAAGGAUUAAUCAUGUUAUCUUAAUCUUGCAAACAUGUAUUAUACAUGUCACAUGCUAGAAUCCGCCGAAUUUUUAUGGUUUGAACAAGGAACAGUAACUUUUGUACAUUAAAAAUGUUUCUUAUUACAGGAUUAUCUGAAAUGUUAGUUUUGAAAAAUUCUAAGGACUGGACCACUGUAAAAAUAUUAGUUAAUGACCUGCAGAGCUGUUGCAACUCUAAUGUUCAAUGUACGCAAAACAGGUUUUUGUUUAGGGUGAUAAUUUUAUGUUUAGUUCUGGUAUGUCAUAACUGAAAACCGAGACUUGGAUUAGAGCCAUUUGCUGCAUCUUUUUGGUGAUGUAAUCAGGAGUUCACAAUGAUAAUACCAUCAACAAUGAACACAUCAUAAUGUUCAGCUACAACAUAGCUAGAUUUUGAUUUAUCCUUGGAGAACACCACCGAGAUAGUUUAAAGGGCUAAGUGGUCAGUAGAGUUGGAGGCACAGUUUCCAUGGCAAUAAAUAACUGAGCACAAAUCACAAAUUCUGCACAAUAUGUACUGCACACUCACUGUGUUUAUCAGUAACAUCACAUUGUCUGCAAAGUAGUUUAACAAAUCAUACAUUUUAAAACAUAAGUCUGACAGCAGAUGGCCUUUGAUUAAAAAAAAACAAAAAAAUCUGUUUUUUUUCUAUUCACCACCAUAUGCCUCUUGUGUUCUCAUGUCAGAUUGAGUUGUGUUCUAAUGCAAGACAGCAGGUUAUAGAAACUAUGAAAGGGGAGAAUGAACAAUGGAACAGCAAUAAUGAACCAUUAUUUAUGGUCGCCAGUGAUACCAUGAACUCAUAAUGAAAAAAGGUUAAUUAGUUUCUGGUUUGCUAACAGUUUAAAUGAAGACUCAUUAAAAUUUCA